UUCACAAGUAUAACUAAUAAUAAGCUAAUUGGGUUUCCGGAUGGUAAUGUUAUAAAUUGGUGUCCAACGAUGGACUUAUUAACUAUUUCAAUGAAUAGAAUGUCAAUUUGGGUAUUUAGAUUAAACGGAGAAAGAAUUUAUUCGAUAAAUAAUAAAUCUCCAAUCAUUGAAUUUGAUUGGAGUCCAAACGGUAAGUUUUUUUGCGUUAGUGGUAUUGAUAAAUUAAUUAAAAUUUAUGAUUCAAAUAAUGGUAAAUUCAUUCAUAGUAUUAAAAGUGAUUUAAAUUUACCGAUUGGUUUAAUUAACUGGGAUAAAAUCAUUUUUGAAAAAUUUGAAGCUUUUGAACUAGGAGAAAUUAAUACCCUAAAUUAUUUACCAAAAUUACAAUUUGACGAUAAUUUGAUUGAAAAUCAAUUGGAUUUAUUAAUACUGAUAAGUUCUAAUUCGAUAAUGUCUUUAACUUUCAAUAAUUUGUUUACUAUUGAUGAUUUGAUACUCCCAGAAUCUUAUAAAUAUAUUGAUCAUAAAACAAGUAAUGACUUAUUUAAUCAAUAUUUCUUAGUUGAAAAUGAGGGAAACCAAUUAUGUUUGAUUAAUUUCUUUGUUAAUAUACCUUCUCGAUUCAAUCAUUCGUUAGAUGACGAAAUCGAACCGAAUACCAAUCCUCAUUUGAAAAAAUAUCUCAUUGAUAUUAUUGGCUACAUUACCCAGCUAAUUGCAAUUCAAAAUCAUGUAUUUGAUCAAUUAAACUAUCUUCAAAGUGAAUGCAAACCUUACAUUUCCCAUUUUGAUCGUAACUUGUCAAAUUUGAAAGAUUCUGUUUACUCUUCGGUUGAUUUAACAACCAAUUUCCCAACUCAAAAAGAACUGGAAACUAAAAUAUUAAACGUUUUAUACGAUAUUUUGUUAACUAAUUUAAUUCCAUCUGAUUUGAAAGACUAUUGGCUUAAUCAAUUAGGCGAAAGAGGUUUGAAAAAACAUAAUAAAUUGGUAAAUACCCUUUAUGACUUAAUUAGAAAAGUCGUCUUUACUCAGAUUAUUACUGGAAUUGAAAAAAUGAUUGUUAUUUUAAAUAACUUGGAAGGUUUGGUCAAUUGGUUUGAACAUAAUAGCAGUAAUGUCAAUUCUUUAUCUCAAGCUCCUCAUAUUGAUAUUUCUUAUUUUGGUCUCAAUUUAAAUUCUAUUUUAAAAUUAAUUGAAAAUUGUCAAUCUUUUAUUAAACUUUUAUACAAAUUAAUCUGGGAUAUAAAUGAUGAACAAAAACACAUAAACGAUUUCUUAGCUUGGUGUAAAAUUGAGAUUAUUGAUAAACUAGCUAGUGAAGAUAAUGAUAUUGAAACUUUUUUCAAUAAUAAUCAAACUCAACCUUAUAAAAAUAGUUCAAUUUUGAAUUAUUUAAAUAAUUUUUUAUUUGAACCAAGAAUUUUCAAAUAUUUCAAUAUAGAUUGUUCAAUGAAUGAAGUGUUACUUCUUUCAGAAAACUCAAAAGAAAACCUCUUAUCAAAUUUUGAAAAUUUGCAAAAUAAUUUGAAAAAUGGAAUAUUAAUUAAUUUUUCCCAGUUUUUCAAAUCGAUUAUUAAAUUUAAUAAUCCGGUCAAUCUCGAUGCCGCUUCUACUGAUGCCAAACUUAUAUCUCGUGAUGAAAAUAAUCUUUUGAUAACAAAUAUUGAAAAUGCAUCAUUAUCAUUAAUCCAAUAUAAUAUACAAGAAAAUAUAAAAGAGAAGAGAAUAAUAAAUAUUAAUCAUGAAGUUAUCAGUUAUGAUUGGGUUGACUCAGACAGAAUCAUUUUAUUAUACAAGAAUGACUCAGAAUCCAUCCUUGAUUUAUUUUCGAUUAAUCUAUUGACUAAUGAUAUAGUUGAUUUGAAUUCAAUUGAUAUCGAAAAAUCAUUAAAGUUUAACCAAGAUUCUUAUGUUUCAACUCCAAAAUAUUUGGCAGUAAACGGUAAAAGAUCUAUUGGAUGUGUUUUAGAUUCUUCCAAGCAAAAGUACGUCGUGUUCAAA